AUGCCGCAACUCCCACGCAUCCUAAAAACCGAAGACCUGCCCGCCACAUCCGCAAAAUGGAUUUCGUUCCAGAAAAUCUCCUGGCAGGACCAAACCGGCAAAGACCGCGUCUGGGAAGCCGCAGCACGAAAGACACGCGGUAAGUCUGGCGUCGACGCCGUCGCUAUCGUGACACUCAUCCGGCACCCGUCUCGCCCGCCUUCUACAAUCAUCAUUUUGCAGUACAGGCCCCCCAUGAAUGCUGUGUGUGUGGAAUUACCCGCGGGACUGGUGGAUGAGAAGGAAUCGCCGAGUGAAGCCAGUGUGCGUGAAUUGCACGAGGAGACGGGGUAUAAGGGUAAAUUGAAGUUUAUUAGUCCGACAAUUGUGUCUGACCCGGGGAUGAGCACGGCGAAUAUGCAGUUAGCGGUUGUGGAGGUGGAGUUGAAGGAGGGAGAUAAGGAGCCGGAGCAGGCGCUGGAUGAUGGCGAGUUUAUUGAGCGCGUGGUUGUGCCGGUGGAUGAGUUGUAUGAGCGGUUGAUUCAGUAUGAUAAGGAGGGCAAGACGGUGGAUGCGAGGUUAUGGCAUUGGGCUGCGGGGUGGCAUGCGGCUAAGUCUAUGAUGUGA